AUGUUACAAUCCAUAUCUGAAAAAAUACAAGCUGUAAUAACUGAACUAACUAGUCAAGAACUUAUCAAUAAGCAUACAAAAGAAUUUUUCCAACAACGUGAUCAAUUUUAUAACAAACUCAACGGAAAGCUUCUUGAAGCUAAACUUCUUAGUAAGUAUGAAUUAAGUUUUAAUGUAAAUGAAGCUAUAGAAGAAUGUUUCAAAUCAAUAGCGACAAAAGCAACAGACAUUCAUACUAACAUCAAUAAAUUUUUGAAAAGUUUCGUUGAAGAGGCUGGAUUAACAAGCAAAGAUUAUCAUUUUUUUAUUUUGUACUAUAAUAAUUUGUUAUCAUUUCGACAAGAAGUAAAGGGAGCAAAGUUUGAAAUAGAUGACAAAAUUGAAAAAGAAAUUUUUGAUAAAAUUCGAAUGUGGGAACAGUUAGUUGAAAAAGAAUCAUCAAUUGAAAAUAUUUCUAUGAGUUUAAUCAACAUGAAGGAUGUUUCAAAUAAUAUUCCAUCGUUUAAUGUUAAAAUAAAUCAAAGAAUAGAUGAAGUUUUAAUUAAUCAUAAAAAUAGAACAAAAAUUACGAACGCUAUUUCAAGAUUAGGAGCUAUUUUAAUUCAAGACUUGAGUUGUGUGACCCAAAGUAUCAUUGCUGAGCAUAAAGCAUUUCAAAGUUACGCUUUGUCUUUGUUCAAUGAGAAAAUUCAAAAAAACGAUAUUGAUCAUGCUCUAGAGCAUUUAAGCAGUGAUUGUAUUGAUAAAAGUAAAUUGAAAAUGCGGUAUCGCAAAUUUGAAGCUAUUUAUAAGGAUUUAAUACAGCAGAAUCUUAAGUCUAAUGUAGAACUCAAUCAAUUAAUUCUCGAGACGAAAAGAAUUGCUGAAGAUAUAAAACAAACAUCAUGA